AUGGCAGGGAGACGCUCUGGCCUGUGCAGGUUUCUCAGGAAGAAGAACGAAGGCCCUGGGCCUGCCCCAGCACGGCAACCUGAGGAGAUGCAAAACUUCCAGCCCCUGCAGCAGGAUCCAGGCCAGCACCGGACAGAAGAACACGUCCGUGCCCGCGGCCGCUUCCGCAGAGCAGUUCAGAGGUUUCUGAAAUUCAUAGGGAUUCGGCGUAGAACACCCAGGACCACACCACCUGAGGGCACGGCACAGCCUGACACCAGGCCAAACGACCCCAAGGCAAAGCCUGAUGUCGACUCCACGCUGACUGAUCCCACGGCAACCUCUGACACUGCUUUGACCCGUGACCUGACAAGCCCUAUCACCACACUGACCCACCUCAUGGCGACGGCUGAUAUCGCACCGAUUCAUUGUGCAGCAAACUCGGACACCGCUUUGGCUGAUGAGACAACCACCUCUGGCACAGCACCGACUGAUCUCAUGGCAAAGGCUGACAUCGCACUGAUGCUGAUGGGUGGCACAUCAAACCUUGACACGGCAUCAAUGGAUGGCACAGGAAUCUCUGGCACUGCGACGACUGAUGAAGUAACAAAUGCUGAAACCACACCGACUGAUGUCAUGGAAAAGUCCGACACCACAACGACUGAGAGCAUCGUGAACGCUGACACCACACCCACACACAGUGUGACUGAUGCUCCCAAUUUGGACUUUUUCAAGGAAAAAGGUGUCCCCAAUCAGAAGCAAGUUCCGGCCAUCGUGAGGUACAUCCACCAGUGCCUCACGUUCCAUAUGUCUUCAGAUGUCAGCCUCCACACUAACAUUCUCAGCCUGGUUGGUGCACACCCUCAUGAUGUGGUGAUGUCUCUCCUGCACCGUGCCCCAGCGUGUGACAGAGCUGCUGCAAUGAUCUGGAGGACCAUCGCCUCCUCAGGAACGACAGCAGAGAAGGUGCUCCCAACACUGCUGCAAGUCAUGGAGGACUGGCCACUGUACAGCCUGUCCUCCUCUGACGGCGACAACAAAGACGUCUUUGCCCUGGCUGCAACCCUGGCACUGCGGCUGAUCAUGCAGGAGCCCCAGUGCCAAGAUGCACUGAUGAUUUAUGCCCCCCAACUCCUCGUGGCUCUGCUUUUCCAAGUCUUCAUGAGCACAGAGCAGAUGCCAGAGGAGGCCAAGAUGUUCUGGAGGCAAUGCCAGGAGCAACAUGACCUUCCCAACGACCCCAACAGGUUUGCAGUGCAGACCAUCAAGGCCCUGCUCUGCUGUCUACACUCGGAGAAUGAGGUGGUGGCAAUUGAACGUAAGCGUGGCUGGGACACCCUCCUCCAUCCUGACACCCACCACUAUGCAGUGGGGCUGCUGGCCAGGGAGAUGCGCAGCGUUUUGAUCCCCUUCUAUUCCCUGAUCGCAACCCACCUGCUCGGGCUGCUCAGCAGGGAGGAGCCCCACUGGGAGCUGCCUGCCCUGGCCUUCCUUGUUGAGCUCCUGGACUAUGUGGAGGGGAGAAGAUGUCAUGAGAGUGUCCUGCCAAUCCUAUCAAGGCACCUGCAGAGCCAGUGCCCUGAGAGCCGUCGCCUGGCACUCAGAGGACUCCUGGUGCUCAGUGUGGAUCCCUCAAUGGCCGAAAGCAUCUGCAGCCUGGCUGAGCACCUCGUGGAGCUGCUUCAUGAUGGAGAUGGAGAUGUGGUCACCAUGACCCUCUCUGUGUUCCUGAAUAUGUUCCGGGAGAAAAACUUCGAAGCAUUCAGCUCCACUGCCCCAAAGCUGGCUGAGGCGCUCCGGCCACUCUUUGAUAACGACAACACCCAAGUGCAGCUGCUCUCUGUUCGCCUCUCCCAGGAGGUCAUGGAGUUGCUUGUGGAAGAGGGAACAAAUACGCAGGUGCAUCACAGCCUCGUGCCACUGUUCUUCCACUGGCACAAUGAGAACCAGUGCAUGGCAGAGGUUCCGGCCAUCGUGAGGUACAUCCACCAGUGCCUCACGUUCCAUGUGUCUUCAGAUGUCAGCCUCCACACUAACAUUCUCAGCCUGGUUGGUGCACACCCUCAUGACGUGGUGAUGUCUCUCCUGCACCGUGCCCCAGUGUGUGACAGAGCUGCUGCAAUGAUCUGGAGGACCAUCGCCUCCUCAGGAACGACAGCAGAGAAGGUGCUCCCAACACUGCUGCAAGUCAUGGAGGACUGGCCACUGUACAGCCUGUCCUCCUCCGACGGCGACAACAAAGACGUCUUUGCCCUGGCUGUGAGUUUCUGCAACUGGCCUUUCCUCCUCCCCAGGUCACCUCUCCAGCCGCUCUCCAUCCUCCCCCACCACUGCAUCUCCCUGCCUCAGGCAUUGGGCUGCAAAGCUGGCUGA